AUGUUCUCUUUAUUCCUUUGUCUAAGUUUGGGUUUCGCAUUUGGAUAUGUGGAUAAAGAAUCACCUCCAAAAUGGAGUCCUGUUUAUACAGUCAAAGGACUUCUGAACAUUCCAUAUGCUGAGAUUCAUGAACCAUUUUAUGCUUGGUUUGACAGUACGAAUGGCAAGUCACGCAUCGACUAUUAUGGCACCAUGGUCAAAACUUAUCAGCUUUCGUCUACGGUUUACCCGCAAUAUGGCACAUCUAUUAAGAUUGCCCCCGUGACAACAGAGCAAGUGAUGAAUCAACAGACUUGUCUACAGGUUAACGGCAGUGCCGAUAUGUCUAUCAAUAUUCAAACUGUCUUGCCUGAUAUGGAUGAUUUCAAGUAUAUCGGUACAGAAACAAUGGAGGACUCGGAUACGUCAAAAUGGCGGAUGGUGCAAACAAUUGGUGAUAAAAUAAACAAGUACACAAUGUGGGUGAAAUACAGGAAAAGUUUGAAGGGCGACUCUAUACCUAUACCUGUGAGGUAUGAAAUGAAGGGCUUCAACUCGCUCCUCGGCUCUCACUACGACCACUACUACCUAGACUACAAAGAUUAUGAUGUUGACGACAUCGAUCCCAACGUAUUCAAAGUCGAUUCUGGCAUGGUGUGCACAUCGUUCCCUGGCCCCGGAGCUCGUCACUACGCCACCUUCAAUCCCAUGAAGGAAUUCGUCCAUCCUGCACACGACGAUCAUGUUCACAAUGAGUUUGACAGAUUUAAAAUGAAACACAAUAAGCAGUACGUCAACGAUGUGGAACAUACACGACGCUUGAAUAUUUUCAGACAGAAUUUGAGGUACAUCCAUUCGAACAAUCGCGCUCGUCGCGGUUUCACGUUGUCGGUGAAUCAUCUCGCUGAUCGUACUGAUGAUGAGAUUGCGGCGUUACGUGGCCGACGGUACAGCGGCCCUAACCAAGGUCUUCGUUUUCCAUACUCGGAGGCAGUCAUUGAGGAGAUCAGCCCUAAAUUGCCAGUGGAACACGACUGGAGGAUCUUUGGCGCGGUGACUCCAGUUAAAGAUCAGUCUGUGUGCGGUUCUUGUUGGUCUUUCGGUACUGUGGGUACAGUGGAGGGGGCAUUAUUUUUACACAACGGUGGACAUUUAGUACGGCUCAGUCAACAAGCACUUAUUGAUUGUUCUUGGGGCUUUGGAAAUAAUGGCUGUGACGGCGGCGAAGAUUUCAGAUCUUACCAGUGGAUCAUGAAACAUGGUUUGCCCACCGAAGAGGACUACGGCGGUUACUUGGGACAGGAUGGCUACUGUCACGUGGAUAAUGUGACUCUCGUCACCUCCAUCAAGGGAUGGGUUAAUGUCACAACUAAUAAUGAAAACGCUCUGAGGCUCGCCAUUUUCAAACACGGCCCAAUAUCUGUGGCUAUAGAUGCAUCGCAGAAGACCUUUAGUUUUUAUUCCAACGGCGUCUACUACGAUCCUAAAUGUAAGAACAAAGUCGACGAGUUAGAUCACGCAGUUCUUGCAGUCGGCUAUGGUAUACUCAACGGCCAGAAGUACUGGCUCAUCAAGAAUUCAUGGUCCAACUUGUGGGGUAACGAUGGCUACAUCCUCAUGUCUUCUAAAGACAACAAUUGUGGCGUGGAAACUGCUCCCACUUACGUCUUAAUAUAA